AGCCAGGAAACUGGCUGGGGAGUGACACUCGCAGGCUGCAGCAAACCUCAAAAUAAGGAGGCAACUGCCUCUCUCCUCCUCCUCCUCUCCAUCGCCCCACAGCACACCUUUCUUUUCUUUUCUGCUGCUGCUGCUGCUGCUUUUUUUUUUAAGCCUCACGGAAGGUUUUACUUAUAGAUCAACUUUCAAAAUGUAGGAAUUCAGAAUGGGUGACAUCAUCAGAAAGAUAUGUGGAGCUGAUCUCGACAAGAAGUGAAGAACCCAGAGCAAGAAGGCGGUUAUAACUCCUGAGUCCAGGCAGUUGGCAGCGUCUGGGUUUCAGAGGAGCCAGCGCCUCCGAGCUGUCUUGAAGUGAGGCUCUGCUAAACCACUCUUCUUCUGGCUGUAAGAGCUGAAUGCUGUGACCAUUAAUUUGUUGAACCAAGACUCUGAGGCUGAUAUGCAAUGUCACUUACAACAUUAAUCAGACACUGCAUUUAAGUGCUGGUAUCAGUGGUUUGAUUUUCAGCAGAUGUGACAGUGGCCUUUGCAGUGGUCAGCUCCAGGCUUUGAACUCUCAGAGGAGGAAGGGAAAAAAAUUCAACACGCUACUUCCUUGGUUGCAGCCUCAGAGAAACCUUGGAUGAGAAACUUCUUUUUUCAAACCUGUUUUCCUGUUGAUAAAUUCAGUUCUCGUGAUCACAGUACAUUCAAGCUGUUCUGCGUAUGGUUUUGUGUGUGUGUGACAAUUGCAUCUAAAACUUGAGAGCAAGAAGACGGAGAAAUCAGUUGGUCUCCAUCGCUUUACAUAAAAAUGGCUGAAUGUCUUGUGAUGCUAGCACUGCAUUAAGUGAUACACACAGAUCUCGAUGUGGUGGAGAUGGAGGACUCAGAACCAAGGAUUUCCAAGUGAUUUCUUCCAGAGCACGAGAAACUAACUCUGUUAAGCCUGCUCUGUUCUAACUGAGAUGACAGUCAUGUCCCUUUCCAGGGACCUCAAGGACGACUUUCACAGCGACACCGUGCUCUCCAUCUUGAAUGAGCAGCGCAUUCGGGGCAUUUUAUGUGAUGUCACUAUCAUUGUGGAAGACACCAAAUUUAAAGCCCACAGCAAUGUCCUGGCUGCUUCAAGCCUUUAUUUCAAAAAUAUCUUUUGGAGCCAUACCAUCUGUAUUUCCAGCCACGUCCUGGAGCUGGAUGAUCUCAAAGCCGAAGUGUUUACAGAAAUCCUUAAUUAUAUCUACAGCUCCACAGUCGUCGUCAAGAGACAAGAAACAGUCACUGAUCUCGCAGCUGCAGGAAAGAAGCUGGGAAUAUCCUUCUUGGAAGAUCUCACCGAUCGCAACUUUUCAAAUUCCCCAGGUCCUUAUGUAUUCUGCAUUACCGAAAAGGGAGUGGUUAAAGAAGAAAAAAAUGAAAAAAGGCAUGAAGAACCAGCCGUCACUAAUGGGCCAAGGAUCACAAAUGCCUUUUCCAUCAUCGAAACAGAAAAUAGUAAUAACAUGUUCUCUCCGCUGGACUUGAGGGCAAGUUUCAAAAAGGUCUCCGACUCCAUGAGAACCACCAGCCUUUGCCUGGAGAGGACUGACGUCUGCCCCGAGGUGGAGCCCGUGCGCACCCUCGCCGAGCACUCCUACGCCGUGUCUUCCGUGGCUGAGGCUUACAGAAGUCUGCCUGUACGGGAGCGGGACAGCAGUUCACCUGGGAAAACAGGUAAAGAAAACUGCGAAGCUGUUACAGCAAAACCGAAAACGUGCCGAAGGCCAAAGACACUCUCCGUGCCCCAGGAUUCGGAUUCGCCUCCAGAAAAUGUACCCCCCCCUCCGGCAACCAACGUGGAAAUGAAUCAAGAAGGAAGUCCACAGCCGGCUGCAAUUCUUUCCCUUUCAAAAUCCCCCAACAACAACGCAGGAGAGGUGCAUUUUCCCAGGGCAGAUGAAAACAAAUCCUCCGAUGUCCCCACCCUGCCAGCCACAGAGGUGCCGCCUCUCAUUUACAAUUGUAGCUGUUGUUCCAAAUCCUUCGACAGUAGCACUUUGCUCAGCGCCCACAUGCAGCUUCACAAGCCAACCCAGGAGCCCUUGGUGUGCAGGCAUUGCAACAAACAGUUCAGCACCCCCAACAGACUGGACCGGCACGAGCAGAUCUGCAUGAGGUCAAGCCACAUGCCCGUUCCUGGAGGGACUCAGCGCUGCUUAGAAAACUAUCCCACCAUUGGGCGGAAUGGAGGUGCAUUCACAGCCCCAGAACCUUUGCUGUCUGAGAAUAGGAUUGGUGACUUUUCCAGUCCCGGAAGUACCUUGCCAGACACGGAACACAUGGUUAAAUUUGUUAACGGGCAAAUGCUCUACAGCUGCGUAGUGUGCAAACGUAGUUACGUGACUUUAUCCAGCCUCCGAAGACAUGCCAAUGUUCACUCGUGGAGAAGAACGUAUCCUUGCCAUUACUGCAACAAAGUAUUUGCGUUGGCUGAGUACAGGACAAGACAUGAGAUUUGGCACACAGGAGAAAGGCGGUAUCAGUGCAUUUUCUGCCUGGAAACGUUCAUGACCUACUAUAUACUCAAAAACCACCAGAAGUCUUUCCAUGCCAUCGACCAUAGACUUUCCAUCAGUAAGAAAACAGCAAACGGGGGCUUGAAGCCUAGUGUCUAUCCGUAUAAGCUUUAUAGGCUCCUGCCCAUGAAAUGCAAGAGGGCUCCUUACAAGAGCUACCGACAUUCUUCCUAUGAAAAUACCCGAGAAAACAGUCAGAUGAACGAGUCUGCACCUGGCCCCUAUGUUAUUCAGAAUCCACACGGCUCUGAACUGCCUACUCUGAAUUUCCCAAACAGUGUAAACACCUUGACCACCAGUCCAGCCAUCCCACUGGAAACACCAGCACGUCAGGAUGUACCCACUUCCACCAGUGGACAAAACGCAGAGGGCACCAAAUGGGGAGAGAGGGCAGAGUUGAAAGUUGAUCUGGACAAUAACUUUUAUUCAGCAGAGGUGUCAGUUUCUUCCGCUGAAAAUGCCGUCAGUUCGGGCCUCCUCCGGGCAGGGGACGCGCCCGUUUUGUCUGUGAGUAGCGGCAGUGAGAGCUCCACCUCUGUGAUCAGCUACAGUGGCUCAGCCCCCUCGGUCAUCGUGCACAGCAGCCAGUUUUCAUCGGUGAUAAUGCACAGCAACGCCGUUGCUGCCACAAGCAGCCAUGACCCCAGAGCCCCUUCAGACCCAGCUGGCAGUCAGACCCCUAGAGACGAUGGCAAACCCGAGCCAGACAAAGUGGGGAGGCUUGUCAGCAGACCCAAGAGCAUGAAGGAGAAAAAGAAAACCAUCCUGUGUAACAGGGGAGAAGUGCCGGAGGAGUCCAGAUACAUUGCUGAUCCUGGAGGGUCACUGAGCAAAACCACAAAUAGCGUUCAAGAAACUGGUAAAAUUGAAACCUAUAUCGCAAAGCCUGCUCUCCCGGGAACCUCCACAAACAGCAACGUCGCGCCCCUUUGCCAGAUAACGGUGAAAAUCGGGAACGAAGCCAUUGUGAAAAGGCACAUCCUAGGAUCUAAAUUGUUCUAUAAAAGAGGGAGGAGGCCCAAGUACCAAGUGCAGGAGGAGGCUCCGCCACGAGAGAGUGAACAGGAGACCAACGGAGACAGCCCGAUCGGGCUCUGCCAGUCCGAGUGUGUGGAGAUGAGUGAGAUGUUUGACGAUGCCAGUGACCAGGAUUCCACGGACAAACCGUGGCGCCCUUACUACAACUACAAACCCAAAAAGAAAUCCCGACAGUUGAGAAAGAUGAGGAGAGCCAACUGGAGGAAGGAGCAUGAAAACAGGAGCCCGAGCAGCAAAUGUAAAUACCCGGCCGAACUGGACUGCGCGGUGGGGAAGGCUCCCCAGGAGAAGGCCUUCGAGGAAGAAGAAAAUAAAGAGAUGCCCAAGUUGCAGUGUGAACUCUGCGACGGAGACAAAGCCUUGGGGGCUGGGAAUCAAGGGAGGCCCCACCGGCAUCUCACGGCCAGGCCUUAUGCGUGUGAGCUCUGCUCCAAGCAGUUCCAGAGCCCCUCCACCCUGAAGAUGCACAUGAGGUGUCACACGGGAGAGAAGCCGUACCAGUGCAAGACCUGCGGACGGUGCUUCUCGGUGCAAGGCAACCUGCAGAAACACGAGCGCAUCCACCUGGGCGUGAAGGAGUUCGUCUGUCAGUAUUGCAACAAGGCCUUCACGUUGAACGAGACCCUCAAAAUCCACGAAAGGAUCCACACUGGCGAAAAGCGAUACCACUGUCAGUUCUGCUUUCAGAGUUUUUUGUAUCUCUCCACGAAAAGGAAUCAUGAGCAGAGGCAUAUCCGAGAGCAUGAUGGGAAGGGCCAUGCCUGCUUCCAGUGCCCCAAGAUCUGCAAAACAGCUGCUGCGCUUGGAAUGCACCAGAAGAAACACUUAUUCAAAAGCCCAGGUCAGAGGGAGAAGACAGAAGGUGACACGGGCCACGAGAACUCAAAUCCCCUGGAGAAUCCACAUUUCAUUGAUUCAGAAGACAAUGACCAAAAGGAUAAUGGACAAACCGUUGUUGACAAUGUCCUUUGAAUGGUGAUACUUAGAAAAAUCUUCGCAACUAUAAGUUGGUGGGUUUGGGUUUUUCGGGUUUUCUUUUUUGUUGUUGUUGUUGUUGUUUUUAAGUUAGCCGUUUUCUUUUGUUUCUGUUUAAUUUUGUUCACAUAACAGUCAUGAAGGAGUGAAAUGUAACAAAGAAAAUCUCAGUUGUGAAAAUUCCAGAAAAAGGAUCCUAAUAUCUACUUUGGGUUUUAGCAUUAACUUCAUGCAAAGUACACAAAAACAAAGUAGCUGAAUCUUCCAAUAUCCCAAGUGACCUGUGAAAGUUUAUGAAGUUCUCAGCUAUGAUAUUGCUGCCAGUCGGGGGGAAAGAAAAGAGUUUCAUUUUAGCGUAAUUUAAAACUUUCUAAUAAGUGCUAAUAGGAACUGGCUGCUGAACUGUCUUUAGUCACUGGAGAAAAUAAGGGUCAGAUGUCAUGAAAAUGUCAUCUUCAUAAAUAAGUUCAAAGGUAAAUGAGCUAUGACAGUCAUUGUUCCCAACCAACUUCUAUUAAAAUUGUUUAAAUUAAUGGAUACAUAUGAAAUAAUAUAGUUGAAAAUAUGUGUGAAAUGAGUAACCCGAGUAGGACAUUCGUACGUUACCUAGAACUACUUUUCUGCAACACAAACCUUGUAAAAUACAUAUAUAAAUCACUCUAACUUUUAACUGUCCACGUCCCCUGUAGUGAAUUAUAAUGAUGAGCAAUAGAUCUGCAAAUAAUGAGGACUGAUGUAAAAAUCAGUAGAAAGCAUUUUGAAUAUUACUUAAGAGCAUGUGUAUGCUUUUAGAUGGAAUGCUGUUCUCUUGAAGUUAUGGCUGAGCUGUUAUUAGAACUGGUCUACUCAAGUCACAGAAAACAUAGGUCAUGCCUUAUCCAUGGGGGAGAGCCUUCCCAGAAGUUACCUGUGGUUACCUGUGCUGUGCUGUAUAUUACUUUGCAAUGGCCUCACUUCAGAAAAUGAACAAAGGUCAGAUUCUUCUGAAACUCCCUGCAGUCUUCCAUCCACCACAAGGCCAUGGACAUGGAGGUCUUUCCAGAUAGAUUUAACCAGUCUCAAGGGUUCAAGUAAAACCUGACGCCUUCCAUGCCACUGAAGGAGUGUCCAGGAAAUUUAGCGCAAAGCAUGUGUACGGCGGUGAAUUCCCAGGCACUUGAAAGUGACAGAAAGCCCAAUCCCUACAAUGGUUAGCCUUCUUGGA